AUGUCCUUCAAAGAGAUGCGUCUUGCCUUUGAGGCGAGCAAGAAUAUUUACGAGAGCUCUCUCCUCACGUUCAAGGGCGUUGACGGAUAUGACGUGUACAACUGCUCUCUCCUGUUUCAGUAUAAGGGCAAGCGUCACCUCUUUGGCCGAUUUGAGCGGCGGGAGAGGUGGUCGGAUUCGCGGGUGCGCCUGUUUGUGGAGACGGGGAAGGAUGAAUACACUGUCGUUCCGGACCAGUUCACAUACCAGUUGGAGGAUCCCUUCGUUUCAAAGGUGCAGAGCAGCCUGUUUUUCGGCGGCACUCAAGUCAUCAAAAGCGGCGGUGAUGUGACGGGCUACUUCUGCGACUUUUACCAUGGCAUGCCACAGCUACUCACAUAUUACACCACGGGGCCUGAUCUCAUGAGGAACAUCCGGACUGUGCAACUCGCCGACGGCACCAUCGGCAUCUUCUCCCAUCACAAGACGACGAGCUCCUGUCUGAUCGGCUUCACCACCGUUAACUCUCUUAAUGAGGUUACGCGUGAGGUGAUUGCUGAGGCGAAGCCCAUCAAUAACAGCCCCUUCCUGGACGCUUGGGGCGGCGUCAACCAGGCGUAUCUGCUCUCCAACGGUAAGGUAGGCUGCAUCUGCCACCACGGCUACCUUGACAAGGACGCGAACUGGGAGCAGCGCAACGUGUGCUGCAUCACAUCCUUUGUCUACGACCCGAAAACGAACGAUACACACGACUUUCAGCUAAUCGGGACGAAGGACUGCUUUCCCGACUGCCCAUCAAAGUCGCCACGCGUUGCCGACUGCGCGUUCCCCUCCGGCAUCGUCAUGCGCGAGGACGGCAAGUGCGAUCUGUACAGCGGUCUUGGUGACACCCACGAGGGCCGCAUCACCAUUGAAUAUCCGUUUAAGGGGUACGGCACCCUUGUGAAUGAUUUGGUGUUUUAG